UCCCCACCUCAUCACCCCUUUUCGGCGAUCCUCACCCUGCCGUACGCCGCUCGCCCUCCCCUCCCGGUAACCAAACGACACGAGAGGGAGAGAGAGGGAGGGAGGGAGUCUUUCCUUCUCGUAUUUCCUCUAUUUUAUUUUUCUUCCUAUCUGCUAGCUCGGUGGCUUGCUCGCUCGACGUGGAAGAGAGAGAGAAUCCGCCAUGGUGACGCGGCACCGUAGAAAUGCUGCUCCCUCAGAACGGUAGCCGUCUGUCCGUUCCGAUCUCGACCGUGGGCCCCACGGCCGCCGCCUCAUCACCAUCAACGACAUGGAUUUGGAUACGUCCAUGGUGCCGGAAUCCACCGAUCCCGAUCAGACACCAAACCAACACGACACCUCUGAGGUCGCCUCCCCCUCGAUCUCCGAAUCCGAUCCGCCCCCUCCGUCCGACCCCUCACCGUCCCCACCUCAACAGCCACAGCAACCUCAGGCUUCCAUCGCAGGUCCCCGCCCCGCUCCCACUUACUCUGUUGUCAACGCCAUCAUCGAGAAGAAAGAGGAUGGUCCUGGCUCCCGAUGCGGCCACACCCUAACCGCCGUCGCAGCUGUUGGUGAGGAGGGGACACCCGGUUACAUUGGCCCUCGCCUCAUCCUCUUUGGUGGUGCCACAGCUCUGGAGGGCAAUUCGGCCGCUGCGGGCCCCCCAUCAUCUUCUGCAGGAGGCGCUGGCAUCCGACUGGCCGGUGCUACUGCUGAUGUCCACUGUUAUGACGUGUUGUCGAAUAAAUGGUCGAGGCUGACACCACUUGGAGAACAACCCUCACCCAGGGCCGCACAUGUGGCAACUGCUGUGGGUACCAUGGUGGUUAUUCAGGGUGGAAUUGGUCCUGCUGGUUUGUCUGCUGAAGAUCUUCAUGUUCUUGACCUAACACAGCAACGACCACGAUGGCACAGGGUAGUUGUCCAAGGCCCUGGUCCAGGACCACGAUAUGGGCAUGUGAUGGCACUUGUAGGACAAAGGUUUCUUUUGGCAAUUGGUGGAAAUGAUGGAAAGCGGCCUUUGGCUGAUGUUUGGGCCUUGGACACUGCUGCCAAGCCUUAUGAAUGGAGGAAGUUGGAGCCAGAAGGGGAAGGCCCACCUCCAUGCAUGUAUGCGACUGCAAGUGCACGCUCCGAUGGCCUUCUUCUACUUUGUGGAGGGAGGGAUGCAAACAGUGUGCCAUUGUCAAGCGCAUAUGGCCUUGCAAAGCACAGAGAUGGUCGUUGGGAAUGGGCAAUUGCUCCUGGUGUCUCGCCAUCUCCUAGAUACCAACAUGCAGCAGUUUUUGUCAAUGCACGGCUCCAUGUUUCUGGAGGGGCUCUUGGUGGUGGCCGCAUGGUGGAAGACUCCUCAAGCAUUGCAGUGUUGGAUACUGCAGCAGGAGUUUGGUGCGAUACCAAGUCAGUUGUUACAAGUCCCAGGCCAGGCAGAUACAGUGCUGAUGCAGCUGGAGGAGAUGCUUCAGUUGAGUUAACAAGGCGCUGUAGGCAUGCAGCUGCUGCAGUUGGUGACUUGAUCUUUAUUUAUGGUGGAUUACGUGGCGGGGUGUUGCUUGAUGAUCUGCUUGUCGCUGAAGAUCUGGCUGCUGCUGAAACAACCAGUGCUGCUUCACAUGCAGCCGCAGCAGCUGCUGCAGCUAAUUUACAAGCCGGGAGAUCACCUGGAAGAUAUGCAUUUAUUGAUGAAAGAACGAGACAAGCAAUUCCUGAAGCAGCUGCUGAUGGUGCAGUUGUGCUGGGAAGUCCUGUUGCCCCUCCUAUAAAUGGGGAUAUGUACACCGAUAUAAGCACCGAAAAUGCGAUGCUUCAGGGACAAAGGAGACUGAGCAAAGGUGUGGAGUACCUGGUUGAAGCCUCGGCAGCAGAAGCUGAGGCUAUCAGUGCUGCAUUAGCUGCUGCCAAGGCACGACAAAUUAAUGGAGAAGUUGAGCAACAUCCUGAUCGGGAUCGUGGAGCAGAGGCUACACCAAGUGGAAAACAGAUUUCUACCCUGAUUAAGCUGCCAGACGCUUCCUUGUCAAAUAACAUCCCACCAGCUGGAGUUCGUUUGCAUCACAGAGCUGUAGUUGUAGCGGCAGAGACAGGAGGAGCUUUGGGUGGUAUGGUUAGGCAGCUAUCCAUUGAUCAGUUUGAGAAUGAAGGCAGGCGGGUUAGCUAUGGUACUCAGGAGAGUGCAACUGCAGCUAGAAAACUAUUAGAUCGGCAAAUGUCUAUCAAUAGCGUGCCUAAAAAGGUCAUAGCGCAUCUUCUGAAGCCUCGUGGUUGGAAGCCUCCCGUCCGCAGACAGUUCUUCUUAGAUUGUAAUGAAAUUGCAGAUCUUUGUGAUAGUGCAGAGCGAAUAUUUUCCAGUGAACCAAGCGUUUUGCAGAUUAAAGCACCUGUAAAGAUUUUUGGUGAUUUGCAUGGUCAGUUUGGGGAUCUCAUGCGUUUGUUUGAUGAAUAUGGCUCUCCUUCAACUGCCGGAGACAUUGCUUAUAUCGAUUAUCUCUUCUUAGGAGAUUAUGUUGAUCGGGGCCAGCACAGUUUGGAAACUAUUUCUCUUCUGCUUGCAUUGAAGGUUGAGUAUCCACACAAUGUACAUUUAAUUCGUGGGAACCAUGAGGCCGCAGAUAUCAAUGCUCUAUUUGGUUUUCGGAUUGAGUGCAUAGAGCGCAUGGGAGAGCGAGAUGGAAUUUGGGUGUGGCACCGCAUAAAUCGAUUGUUUAAUUGGCUUCCUCUGUCUGCCCUAAUUGAAAAGAAAAUCAUUUGCAUGCAUGGCGGCAUCGGUCGGUCCAUAAAUCAUGUGGAACAGAUUGAGAACCUGCAACGCCCGAUUACAAUGGAAGCAGGCUCGGUCGUUCUUAUGGAUUUGUUAUGGUCGGAUCCAACAGAGAAUGAUAGUGUUGAAGGAUUGCGGCCAAAUGCUAGAGGCCCUGGCCUAGUGACAUUUGGGCCUGAUCGGGUCAUGGAGUUCUGCAACAACAAUGACUUGCAGUUGAUUGUACGGGCACAUGAGUGUGUGAUGGAUGGCUUUGAACGUUUUGCUCAGGGACAUUUGAUCACUCUUUUCUCAGCCACCAAUUACUGUGGGACUGCAAAUAAUGCAGGUGCGAUUUUGGUUCUGGGAAGAGACCUAGUGGUUGUUCCAAAACUCAUUCAUCCCUUGCCACCAGCCGUUACAUCACCCGAAACAUCACCGGAACAUCAUAUUGAAGAUACAUGGAUGCAGGAGCUCAAUGCCAAUAGACCACCCACGCCAACCAGGGGACGCCCUCAAGUUGCAAAUGAUCGGGGUUCUCUUGCAUGGAUUUAAGAUCUCCACUGGAUGUUGAUAUUCACUGAAGCUAACUGUAUACUGCCCGAGGGCCACACCACCCGCUGGAAGUGCUGCAGUCGUUUUCAUUAGGCACAGGGUGUUGGUAAAGAGGAGUUGACAUUUCUGGGCCUGCCCUUGGGUUGUACCACUUUCCGGGUUGGGGGACAGAUGGAUCCAAGGGUAUAUUAAUCUCUACAAAAUAACCUGAGAUGCAGGUGUUGAAGUACUAAAGAAAUGGGGGGGGGGGGGGGGGGUGGGCGGUGCUGGUUUGGAAAUGACGUGUCACUCCAGUUGUUGCGUUGCCUCUGUAAAUUGAGCUGCAGGCAGAUAGGCUUAUGGUCUCCUGUUUUUCCUGUUGCAAUGAUGAUACUAGGUAAUCUUCUUCUUCAGAUAAUUCUUUUUUUUUUUUUUCGUUGUUUAGAUGUUCUUAUCGAGAACACAUAUGGUGGAGCCUCGGUGAGACUAUAUAUGUUUACAUAAUUAACCUUUGAUGGGGUAAUGAAUCAUUAAUCAUGUAUCAUAGACGGUUGCCAUGUGCAGCACAUUUAUGUUUAUGUAAUUUGGAUUUUUUCUGUUUCUACAAUGUAAGUUUUGUGUGAAGAGGAGGACAGACAUUCAGAGGUUUGAAAAUUUUGCAGAAAUUUGUUUUGUGUGAUUUGAGAGCUAAUAAACUUUGCAUAUAUACUC